GUUGUGUAAAACGUUCCCCUCCGUAGCUGUUCUCUUCUACGCGCCUACGUGGCGACGGAAAGAAAAUGGAAGAAAACUUGGACGGCGUCGCUCCGUGCUCCUCCCUCGCCGUCGAGGCUAUAAUUCGUGUCGGAGCGGCCGGUGCAAUCUGGGGCUUGUGCUCUGGUCCCUACGACGCUCGUCAACAGGGUCUAACAGGCAUUGCUAAAGCUUCUUAUGUGGCAAACUCGGUUCGCAGUUUUGGGAUUCGAUGCGGGGUUGUGGCCGGCGUUUUCAGCAUUACGCGAUGCGGGGUUCAGAAAUACAGGGGACGGAAUGAUUGGGUCAACGGUUUGAUUGGUGGUGCUGUUGCUGGCGCUGCGGCUGCUGCUGGAACGCGAAAUUGGACACAGGUGAUUGGGAUGGCUGGUUUGGUUUCUGUUUUCUGUGCUGCAGCCGACUAUUCCAGAACAUCUUAAAAUACAUAUUAGUAGCCUCCAAAGAAUAUUAGAGACUUGUAAUUUUCUCCAAUUGCAUCAACAGGCAAAAUUCCGGUAUUUGCCAACUUUUGCAUAUUGUAUAUUUAGGAAUGUAUUGUAUUGAAAUUUUAGAAGAUACCAAAUUUUGUGGAUUUAAAAAAAAAUAUAUAAGUAUAACUACUUAUCAGAUUUU